GUUUUAAGUUGCGAGUUGUGCAACUCAAUCUCAGUCAUACUGGGAUUGGGAGUUGGGACUGUAAGGAGAAGAAGGUGGUAUUUUUGGGUUUCGGAAGAUGGAAGUAGUAGAUCAUGAAACCCCAAGCUUGGAAAAUGGGCAAACUGACAAAGAAGUAGAAGAGAAUGCAAAUGUUUUACAAUUUAUGGACUCCAUGGACGCUUAUUUGACCCUCAUUCAUUCUUUAUCUUCGACACUUCGCCGGGGAUGGCUGGAACUGGCAAGUGCUCGACAUUCCAUGGGUGCUUCACGGGUGAAUACUGUCUUGUUGGACCAUACGUCUCAUCCUGCUGCUACAUCAUUGCUUGUAACCCAAGAUGAGGGAAAAGUUGACUCGGGCAAACCACACUUUACAUUAUGCAAAUGGGCAUCUUCUAGUAAUGAGAACUCCUUGUUGGGGGAGAAACAAUCUAGCCAAGACAAAUUACAUCCACAGCUGCGACACAGGGGCAGUACCGAGCUUUAUGAGGAGAAGACCUCAUCUGAGAAUAAAGCUUCACGUGAAGUUGAUGACCCAGUUCAAAAGGAGAGAUCUAAAUCACUGUCAAUGUUUGGAACUCUUGUUUCUCCAAAGCUUCGAGCCGCCCAGCUAUCAUUUGAGGCAGCACUAGAGACACUUGUAGAGAUAGCGAACAUGCGCUCGGAAAUGCUCUGCGCUUUUGAUCAAGUCAACAUGAAAUUGGAAGGCAGAAAGGAUGAAAAAUAGUUGUUUUCAUUCUGGUAACUCUGCACAAUGUUUAUUAUUCCCCUUUAUGUUAUCCCUCCACAUUUCUUUCUCUCGUCUAAACUUAACAACUCAGUCAUUCGUGCCAAUAUUUCAAGAAAAAAGAAGAGUCGCAUGUAUAGUUCUGGGAGGGUGAAUGUGCUGAUAACAGGAUUUAAUUCUAUGCUUGUUACACUUAUCUUAGAUUUUGGAGAUCGUUAAUGUUUGAACUAAAACAGAAGGGGUUUUGCCUGUUCCCUAUUCAUUGUGAGUGGGUUUAGUAAACAUAAUCUGUUUUUCUGUUUUUCGAA